CGCUGUUGGGCAGAUCAUGUCCGUGCACUUGGUAAAGACUGAAACGCGGCGCGCGGAGUGGCGCUUCCUUGCUCGGCGACUGUUUUCCCAACUUUCGCCCCCGCGCUCCGCUUUAUUUUGAUAAGGUGCCGCUGCUUGAUCCGGUCCUCCCUGCUCGCUUCUUUUCGCCGGUGCCAUGAUUAGACAAGAGAGCUCGUCAUCUUACCAAGAGUUGAAUGACGAUAUGGAGUGUGCACCUGCAAAUUCUGAACCAACAGAUGAACAGUUAGAUGAAGAGGAUAAGGAAGAUACCAGUUCAACAAUCCUUCCAGUCCUAGAUGGCAGCAGCCCUUCUGUGCGUUUCAGCAAGUCCUGCCUGAAGAACGUCUUCUCUGUAAUACUUCUCUUCAUAUACCUGGUGCUUAUGUCAGUAGCCAUUUUUUUGGCCUAUCAAACCAUUGCUGACUUUAGAGAAAAACUCAAGCAUCCUGUGAUGUCCGUCUCGUUCAAGGAAGUGCCCUCUUAUGAUGCCCCUGGUAUUGCCCUCUAUCCAGGCAAGGCUGAAUUGCUAACCUGCAAGCAUCACUUCUACGAUUACAUUCCACCUCUGGUCAACCCAGGCCAGCCAGGGAAAAUUGAAUGUGUUACUCAGAGAAUCAGCUACAUAGAUCCUUUUACUAAUGAAACCAAGAAACAUGCUGUGAUUGUGAAAGGACCCCAAGAUGUGAAGAAACGGGAAUUGGUCUUCAUGCAGUUUCACCUAAAUGAGACUGAGCAGGAUUUCAGUGCAAUAGAUUAUCUUCUUUUUUCUUCAUUCCAAGAUUUUCUCAACAGUCCGAACAAAUCAGAAUUUAUGAAAGUAUGUGAGAGCUCCUAUUCCAGUUGGAAAUUCUCUGGAGGUUUCCGAACUUGGGUCAAAAUGUCUUUGGUGAAAACAAAGGAAGAAAAUGGCAUGGCGACAGUUGAAUUCAGGCAGGAGAUUAGUGUGGUUAACUACAUUGAACGGAGGACAAAAGCUGGCACUGACCAGCUAUUUUUUGUGGUGUUUGAAUGGAAAGAUCCUUUUAUUCAGGAAGUUCAAGAUAUUGUCACUGCAAAUCCUUGGAACAUGAUUGCUCUUUUGUGUGGUAUAUUCCUGGCUUUGUUUAAAGCAGCCGAUUUUGCCAAACUGAGUGUGAAAUGGAUGAUAAAAAUCAGAAAACGGCAUCUCAAGAGAAAAACUCAAGCCUUAAACCAUAUAAAUUGAGAACAGUGUGCUUCACAGAUUUCUGUUUCACUGAGAAGUACAAAUAGGACGACUAAACCAAUACAACCACUGUCUUAUACAAGAGAACUGCAUUAAUGGAAGGACAAAUUGCUUAACUGGAUUGAAUUUAACACUUGGAAGUUUUAGAAAAUGAUUGACUCUUUAUAAAUCCAUACUCUUUUCUAAAAAUAUCAUUUCUGUUACAAACUGCUACUUAGUGGUAGGUAUUUAACUUUCUGUAAGAAAAGAAACAAUUUGUAUGGAUGAAGUAGGAUAUUUUUUUAAAAAAAUAGGGGGGAAUUUAAAAUACAAUGUUUACCAGUAAUAGUUUAGUUAAUCCUGUUCCCAAGCAAUGAGUCUGAUCGCUAAUCAACUCAGGGACAAAGACUUUUGCUCCAAGGCCUUCAGCUGGAUAUGCUGUCAUCAGAGUACUUUAUUGGAGUCUGAUUCAGUAUUAAGUAUCACUUAUAUUCCAACUGUUGCUCUGACAAACACACUCCAAGGGAUGAAAGCACAUUAUUAAAACAGUAUGCACUAACUGUAUUUUGAACAUACCACUGAUUAACAGCUAACCCAAAAAGCACGACAGAGAUUGAUCAAUCAAUAUUGGUUGGCUGCAGGGCAUAAGAGUUUGAUUUUUUGGUAUUUCUACCUGAGAUAAUAAUUCUGUAUUGGAUUUCAGUUCUUUGUGUGUUGGACUUGUAUUUGCUAAAGCAGGAACAAUCUUUUUUAUAAAAAGAACAAUUGAUCUCUGAUAACCACUGGAGGGAUUGUGUUGAUAUGAUAUACUGUACUGCCAGAUUUGGGGUUGUAGUGCCAUGUGCCUGUUUUGAUUUGCCUACUCCUCUAUUAACAGAAUAUAGUACAAUAAACCUAAAAAUAGCUCUUGUGUUUGCAAGAGUUAUUAUUAACUGAAACAAGACGGAACACUGAAAACACUGGCAUUUUAUCAAGUAUUCCUAUUAGAUAAUACUUACGCUGAAGAUUUUUCAGUAAAAUAUACCUCUGUGCUACAUUUGCAGGUAGUCCUUGACUUCC